GCUAGCCAGCUGGGGAUGCAGAUAUAUACCUGGGUAAAACGCUUUGUGUUGUGAUGAUGAACAGCACUCCAAUCAAAUGCAAAUCAGAUUAUUUCUGCAAAUUCAAUUGUGCAGUUUCUUGAAUGGAACAUUGAUUUCUUUGCUGUGUGCCGGGAGACUUCACUGAGAAAUAGCCUUUAAGCUUUUGGUGAAGAAUUGAGGAGGCCAAGACCACAUGACCAGGACUUCACCAAUCCAUGGGAGAUGCAGUUGGCUGACACGGCAAACAGUUAUACAACUUUCAAGAGUUCUUAAGAAACUAACUUCUAAAAGUCAGGCCCCUAAAUGUGUCUUCAAAGCAACUGGCCCACGCAGAUUCAGUGGUGCUCAGUGGCACGUGCAGAACGUCCUCGAUGACUCGGUGGAGAGCUCCGAUGAUGAAUUCUUCGAUGCACGAGAAGAGGUGGCGGAAGGAAAAAGUGCCAUUCUCAUAGGCAUGAGCCAGUGGAACUCAAAUGACCUUGUUGAGCAGAUAGAAACAAUCGGGAAGCUGGAAGAAAAUCAAGCAGGUGAAGAGUCUGCAUUUUGCUCAUCUGGCUUUCUACAGGAAAAACAACGUGAAUUAUAUAGAGCCUCUUUAAGAAAACAAAGGUUCCCUGCACAAGGCAGUAUUGAAAUACACGAAGACAAUGAGGAAGGAGCUCAACACCAAAACUGCAAAACUCAUGUGCUAAUUUUGAUCCUACAUGGGGGGAACAUCUUGGACACUGGAGGAGGAGACCAGAGCAGCAAGCUGGUAGACAUCAACACCUUCAGUUCUGUGUUUGAGAAAGUGACCCAAGCCCAUUUCCCUGCUGCUUUGGGCCACAUCCUAAUCAGGCUCGUUCCCUGCCCAGCAAUCUGUUCAGCGGCCUUCUCUCUUGUUUCCAACCUAAAUCCCUACAGCUAUGAUGAGAGCUGUCUCAGCAGUAGUGAAGACCACAUCCCACUGGCUGCCUUGCCCUUGCUGGCUAUUUCGUCCCCUCAGUACCAGGAUGCAGUUGCCAUGGUGAUUAGCAGAGCCAACCAAGUUUAUAAUGAAUUUCUCAAAUCUGCAGAUGGGGCUGGUUUUAAUGGACAGGUGUGUCUCAUUGGUGACUGCAUAGGAGGAAUUUUGGGUUUUGAUGCCAUCUGCUAUAGUGCUAAUGUGGCUGAUGAGAGUCAGAACAGCAGCAGGAGAGGAAGCAUCAGCAGCAUCCAGGAUAAUCCCCUUUUAGCAGAGGACUCCAGUCUGGGUGGCAGCAAACGCCUCAGCAAAAGCAAUGUUGACAUCUCGGGAAUCGUGGAGGAUGAGGAGCCAAGGCAGCCGCUGCCACGGAAACAAAGUGACUCAUCCACCUAUGACUGUGAUACUAUAACCCAACAUCAUGCUUUCCUUUCUAGCAUCCACUCAAGUGUGUUGAAAGAUGAUACAGACUUUCCUCCUGUGAAUAGCUCCAUUCUUUCAGAAGUAAACGUGGGCCGAUUUGAAUUUGAGGUGUCUGAUUUCUUCCUCUUUGGAUCGCCGCUUGGUUUGGUGCUGGCCAUGAGGAGUACUGUUCUGCCUGGCCUGGACGUAUGCCAGGUCCGCCCAGCCUGCAGCCAAGUGUACAGUUUCUUUCACUCUGCUGAUCCUUCUGCCUGCAGACUUGAACCAUUGCUGGAGAAAAGAUUCCAUCUCCUGCCUCCCUUCAAUGUCCCACGGUAUCAGAGAUACCCGCUGGGGGAUGGAAGAUCUCACCAGUUAGGUGAUGCUAUCCACAACCACAGUGCUCUGUUCCUGGAGAACAGCUCUUUGAACAUACCUUUCCCUCAGGAAAGUCCUGAAUCUCCAAAUGCACACAGUCAACUGCAAGGAAAAUCAAGGAGGUCAAGCUUGGUCAGCACAAACAGCGAAACCUCAGGGUCAACAGAGAGUUUACCAUCAGCAUACCUCACCAACAUUACUGCCAAGUGGUGGGGAACAAAACGAAUAGAUUAUGCCUUGUACUGUCCAGAUGUACUGACAGCAUUUCCAACUGUGGCCCUGCCGCAUCUCUUCCACACCAGCUACUGGGAAUCAACAGACGUCGUGGCAUUCAUUUUGAGACAGGUGAUGAGGUAUGAAAAUGUAAAUUUCAAGGAAGAUGACAGCCUGGAUCCAGCAACACUAAGCCCAUCCAAUCCACGAGAGAAAUGGCUACGCAAAAGGACACAUGUCAAGUUGAGAAAUGUGACUGCCAAUCACCGAGCUAAUGAUGUAAUUGCAGCAGAAGAUGGUCCUCAGGUACUGGUUGGGCGCUUUAUGUAUGGGCCUCUGGACAUGGUAGCUUUAACGGGUGAAAAGGUUGACAUCUUCAUAAUGACUGAGCCAUCUUCGGGUAGGUGGGUGUAUUUUGACACAGAGAUAUCCAACAGCAGUGGCCGAAUAUCCUACAGCAUACCCAAACAGAAGAGGCUCAGAGUUGGCGUGUAUCCUAUCAAAAUGGUGGUCAGAGGGGACCAGAGCAGUGCUGCAAGUUACCUGACUGUGCUUCCCCGAGGAAUGGAAUGUGUGGUGUUCAGCAUUGAUGGUUCGUUUGCAGCAAGUGUUUCAAUCAUGGGAAGUGACCCCAAAGUCCGAGCUGGGGCAGUUGAUGUUGUCAGGCAUUGGCAGGAUCUGGGAUAUCUGAUUAUCUAUAUCACUGGCCGUCCAGAUAUGCAAAAGCAGCGUGUGGUUUCCUGGUUGUCUCAACACAACUUUCCACAAGGGAUGAUCUUCUUCUCAGAUGGGCUUGUUCAUGACCCACUGCGACAAAAGACUAUUUUUCUCCGGAAUCUCAUGCAAGAGUGCCACAUCAAAAUCUGUGCUGCAUAUGGUUCCAUGAAAGAUAUUUCUGUAUACAAUGUUUUGCCUCUGUCACCAUCCCAAAUCUACAUUGUUGGACGGUCAACAAAGAAAUACCAGACGCAGUGUCAAUUCCUCAGUGAAGGUUAUGCAGCCCACUUGGCCUCACUGGAGUUCAGUCUCCAUUCACGACCCAAAAAGAACAACUCUAGGAUGAUCUUGAGAAAAGGCAGCUUUGGCCUCCACUCCCAACCUGAGUUUUUGCGCAAGAGAAACCAUCUCCGCAGGACUAUGUCUGUACAGCAACCUGACCCACCUUCUUCCAACCCUAAACCAGAGCGAGCCCAGAGCCAGCCUGAAUCAGACAAAGAUCAUGACAGGCAUUUGCCCUCUAUUGCAUGGGUUCGAGGUGGAGUUCACAAAUUUGAGUCUGUCCCCUAGAAAGCUUGGAGAUACAGAUCUUGGGUGCACUCCAUUAAACUUUCAGGCAUGCCUCAAAGAUAGCAUUUAGACAGCUUCAAACUAAGGGGGGGGGUAGGGGGAGGGGGUGUCCCUGUACCUCAGCGUCUUCCCUCCUCUGGUAUCUGCCUUCUUACACCAACCUGGGAACUUCCAGUUGUUGCUUUUGAUAUGUUUAUUGGGAAACUUUAAAAUAAUCUAAAACUAUUGCAAGUGUUUCAACAUCACAGUAACAGGAAAUGUCUUAGGUUUGUUUUUUUUUUUUAACGAGAGAGAGAAUAAAACGUGCAAUAAGAGAAAAAGCUGUAGCAGGUUGAUUUUACUCAAAGGAAGGACUGUGAUAUCAGCUAACUAGCUGCACCUGAAACAAUAUAGACAGUAGGUCCUAUAGGUUAGAGCGAAAGCUUACACUUUAAACACUAAAUAGUUGUAUCUGUUGCUGCUUCACCUUCAGUAAGGCUAUACACUUCCAAGGGAAGCUGUGAUGGGAACUGCAAUAAUGGUUGGUCAGGAUUUAUACGGCAAAAUGCUUUGGGUGCCUUAAACCCAAGAUCUCCUUUCAGCUUAUAGUAUUGGUGAACAGACACCAACAUGGGCACUCAUUUGUGAGAUGCUGGACAUCAAGUAAGUAGAAGUCCACUUUUGAACCAAAUCAUAAAUGCUUCAUAUAAGAAAUGUCUCUGCAGUUUGAAGCAGUUGGUGUUGCUGUAUACAAAGUGAUGUGCAAAAUGUACAAAGAUCACAUUGUUUUGUGGAACUUGGUGACUGUGCAAAAUGUGUGGACUGUUCCAACUAUGGAGAUGGGCUCUGAUCGUCUCAGUCUGAGACAUGGAUCCUAAGAUGGUUAGCUAAAGGGAGCCCUUUUACUAAGGGAUUGCCAAACUUUGGAGCAAUCCCUUUUUUCAUUAUUCUAACUAGAAUCUUUACACUGGAGGGGGGAAAAAAAAAAGUAGUAGAUCAUAAUGGAAUUCUUAUGGGUAAAUUUUUUUACCUUCUCAUGCUUUAUAGCAAAUGUUUUGUUCAAGACAAUCUGUAGCACUUAAAAUACAGCCUUUCAGCUUCAAAGAAAGGAGAUGCCAACAUUCAGGUGCCAAAUAGACAUUUUGCUAAUUAUUUAAAUUUUUCUCAGCUUCCUCAAUGCACUUACUAGAAGUAAUUUGUAUGAAAAUUUCACUCAGCAGUAGUAUUUCAAAAGUAAAUGUUGUAGUUAGUGUAACAUAGCUUUUUUCAAAUUCUUUGUGCAAGUACUUCUGCUGAAUUAAAUUCACCAAGAGAACUUUCAUGACUGAACUAAACUUAAGCAUGUUUCCAAACAUGCAGUGAAGUUGCAAGUGCACAGAAAAACCUUUUCUUUAAAAAAUAAAACCAGACUGGUAAUCUUGGAAAAGUUUGAAGUCAAUAGGGGAUUUGUUUUCCUCUGGUUUUUUUUGUUUUUGUUUGUUUGUUUUUGUUUUCACUUUCAGGUUUUCCUAGUCUGUAACUGGAAUAGAAACAGUCUCUCAAAAAAACCUCUUCGUUAGCCAUUUAAAAGUUGGCAUGUAAAACAAACCAGGGAUUGUAUGGAAAACUAUUACGACAACUGCAGAAGUAAAACUAUUCUGUGUUCCCUGUUCACCCAAAUGUUUCUGUGCUUUUUUGAGGGGAUAGUGAUGUGGCUUUUGCCUUAAAAGGCAGCAAAGUAUCUUAUAAAUGGAGAUCUCUGGUAUAUUUUUUUCAGCCAAUUAUUUGGCAAGACUGCCAAAGUUGCCUCCUCUCUGGAGUCAUGCUUAAAAUCUAACUCAAACUUACAGAAAGAUCUCUGGCACAUCAGUGAUUUGGUUUUAUAAUACUUCCUUUAAGGGGAGGGAUAAACUCAGCUAAAGUUUCAGGAAAGGUAUGAAAAGUUUGGUAGCUCUCACUAAUUAGGAACAUACUACCCAGGGCUGGAUUUUUUACACUCUGGUACCAAGUCAGCUAGCUACAAAAGAUCUCCACAAAUUGCAUUGAAGUAAUCUUUAGGUUUACAUGUGCCCCUCCCCUCCCCCUGCCACGUGUCAUACUCAGCUCUUUAACCCACAACUUGGAAUAGUUAUUCUGUGUUCUGUCUUGGCCCACUGUAUUUAUUCUGAUCCAUAACCUGUUUCUUCUCCUAUCCUCUGCAGCUAGGAGAUUACUGAAGUUAUACCAGACAGCAGAUUCCAUCUCCUCUGUUCAGUUCACUGCUAGUAUAGGUGCCAGAGCUGACAAGAUGAUAAUGAAGUGAAGGCUACUUAUUGUGGUGCUGAGUUUGUUUUCCUGCUGCUGGUCUAGGGAAGAAGAAACCAGGUAGUAAAGAUGCAUGUCAGAUGUUUAUUCUGUGCUCUCUUCCUAUCAAAUGUACCUUGUUCUAGCAGGUGCCAACAACAAAAUGCCCUGAGUACAUACUGUGAAAAGACCAGAUACAGUAGCUCAGUCUCUGACCGAUACAUAAUUUAUGUAUUCAGAGCAAAGUGAUUGCUUGUUGUCAUAGGAGCAGCCUUUUUUUUCUGAUGCCACAAUAAUUGGCAGAUGGUUUUAGCAAUUGUCAUGGGCAGGCCCAAUGGAAUAUAGCUAUUUCCAGCACGCUCCUACUUGUUAGGUUUAAACGGGCAAGGCAACCCAAGGUUUACAAGGGAGGAAUUCACUAGGCAGAUUUGAAAUUUGCUAAGGAGGGUACCUAAAAGGCAACAUAAGUUGCAAAGUUUGAAAUUACUUUUUUUAAAGCACUGGGUGUAUUGCAUAUCUGCUGUUAGUAUUCACUGUGCCUGCCACAAAGUUCAAAGCUAUUGCUGUCUACCUCUUAUCAGUCACGAGACUCCAAAAUCUACUCUUCAGUUUAAGUUACUGUGGAAGCAAGACCCACUCCUUUUUUUGAAAAAAGAGAUCUGUGUGGAAUUCUGUGAUGGGCAUUAAAGGAAGUGGAGUCUGAACACAAGAAUGGAGAAAUCUCCUGGGUUAUUAAGUCCUCAUUUUGCAGGAAACCAUGUAAUGAAAGCUCUGGUUUUGUGCAUUUCUGUUAAUAUGUGGGUCACCUUUACAGCAGUCAUUGUGCUUCUCUUAAGAGUAUUAGCAUUUAAGUAGUAAAAUAAAUGCUAGUCUGUGUGCAUGCUUUAAAAUGGUAACAAUUUAAUAGUUUCCACACAUGGUAUUGAAGUUAAGCUGAAACUAUUUUCCCUGACUUCAUUUCCUAAGAUGAACGAGAGCUCGCGUGGCCUUUACGUAAUUCCAACACUACUCUAUUGCUCAGGGAUAGAAUGCUUUAUCUGCUGAUCACAUGCCUACAAAUAAGCAUUUUUGCAAACAGUGUUACAGGCAUGAAGUUUACGUGGUGUUACAGUUGGAGUUUAAUGCUUCAUGCUAAUAAGCACUGAUGUUCUGAAAGAACAGAUACAGAGGCAUUUGUUUUGAAAGCACUAGCUAGUUGCUACUAAACUGACACACAAGUUUUGUUGGCGGUGAUAGUACAAAAGAGAUGUUUAUGAUUUUUGACAUCUCACAAUUAGGCUGGCAGUGCAACAGCCUAGUGUAGCAGUGGAAAACUGGGACCUCAUGCAUGUAGAAAUACUAGCUUUUUGCAGUUAUAUUCAGGGUGAUCCCUGAUGUUUGCCCAAUGAAUCACUAGUUUUACCAUUUAAUUCAGUCCCUGUUACGGCUUAAAACAUUUCCUUCCUGUUAGAAUGUCAGCUUUACACUUUGUCCACACAAAACUGCAUGUUAACAGUCCAUGGUCAUUCAGUUUGCAAGUGGAUAUCAGUUUUACUAAAGCUUUCACCAAAGGAUUAUCAGUGCUCUUAAACAGGCCGUUUGCUAUGAGAUUGAGUUCGAUCCCACAAUCUUUUUCUUCUUUAAUUGCCAGUCCUCAUGUCUGCAUUCUUUGUGCACUCAGCACUGUCUUGAACUUUAUAGGCUAGGAAAGCGUUAAAGCAUGCACAGAGGGGAUACGGAGCAAAGAGGUCAGGGAAAUGGUGGGUUCUCAAGGAAUGCAGGGUUAGCCCCCCCCAUCAGUAGUUUCAGCACCUUUAGUGCCUCCAGUCUGAUUAACACAAAAAAAAGCACAUAUUCUUCUGACCUGUGGAAUGGAGGAAGCAUAACUUAAAGUUUAAAGCGCUAAACUUGUUACUCCAGUGGGUGUUGAAGCAGUAGUACAAGUCGAUGCACAGGGAAGGCCACACCUACUAGACACACUUAAAUAUUUCUCUGCCCUUUUGCUACGGUUCCAGUUUUUAAUUGCUGUUUAAAAAAAAAAAAA